AUGUCACCGUCUCCGUGGCCAGCUCGUGGACCGCUGGCCCCGCUGUUCCCACCGCCAGCCGCCGUCCCGGUCGCCGCUCGGCCGGCCGGGCUCUCAGGUGGGCGGCGGCCGGCUCCGGUCGCUGCCGGCCCGGCCGACAGCCGACAGUUGCUCGCCGGCGCUCGCGCAGGAGGGACGUGACCGCUCCGCCCCGACGCUCCGAGUCACGCUGCCGCCGUCAGUUAGAGACUCACAAUGAACGGUAACGGGGAAGUGCCGCCGGCGGCUCCGAGUGCCGACUGGCGCCGCCGCAUCAGUGGCAUGAAACUCUCCGACAUGGGUGUCUCCAUGAGCGACGACGACUUCUGCAGUUUCAACGGCUCCAACGUCGCAGAACUGAAGCGAGAGACUAAACACAGGGUGUUCGUCAACCGAUCCCUCCAUCUGGAGAAGAUCAAGUUCUUCGGGUUCGACAUGGACUACACCCUGGCCGUCUACAAGUCGCCGGCGCUGGAGAAGUUCGCCUUCGAGCUCAUCAAGAAGCGUAUGGUGGACAUCGGCUACCCGGCUGAAAUCAUGCAGUUCGAGUAUGACCACAGCUUCCCGAUCAGAGGUCUGUGGUUCGAUACCCAGUUCGGUAACCUGCUGAAGGUGGACGCCUACGGAAACAUCCUCGUCUGCGUGCACGGCUUCAAGUUCCUCAAAAAGGCGGAGAUCUACGAAAUGUACCCGAACUCGUUCAUCACACUGGACGACUCGCGCGUCUACGUCAUGAACACGCUAUUCAACCUGCCGGAGAUCUACAUCCUGGCGUGCGCCAUCGACUUCUUCUCUAACGACCCGUCCUACACUCUGUCCAAUGACGGCGUGAGGAACGGCGACCUCUUCAUGAGCUACAAGUCCAUCUUCCAGGAUGUGCGCCAGAGUGUCGACUGGGUCCACAUGAAGGGUGACCUGAAGAAGCACACUGUAGCCUCCAUUGACGACUACGUCCACCGGGACGAGCGGCUGCCCAUGCUGCUCGACCGGCUCCGCGAAAACGGCGUGAAGACGUUCCUGCUGACAAACUCCGAGUUCUGGUACACAGAGGCCAUCAUGACGUUCCUGCUCAACUUCGAUAGUUCGCGGUCGUGGCGCUCCUACUUUGACUACAUUGUGGUGGACGCGCGCAAGCCGCUGUUCUUUGCCGAGGGCACCAUCCUGCGCCAGGUGGAUGAGUCGACGGGCGCGCUGAAGAUCGGCCACCACAUGGGCCCGCUGCAGUCCGGCAAGGUCUACUCGGGAGGCUCGUGCGAGGUGUUCUCCCGACUGAUCAACGCCAAGGGUCGCGACGUGCUGUACUUCGGCGACCACAUCCACGGCGACAUCCUCAAGUCGAAGAAGAUUGUCGGCUGGAGGACGUACCUGAUCGUGCCGGAGCUGACGCAGGAACUCUCCGUGUGGACGCAGAAGUGCCAGCUCUUCAACCAGCUGCAGAGUCUUGACGUCAAGCUCGGCACGCUCUACAAGAACAUGGACUCGUCAACCAAGGAGAAGCCGGACAUCCGGCAGGUGCGACAGGAGAUCAAGGGCAUCACGCACGAGAUGGACAUGAGCUACGGCCUGCUGGGCAGCGUGUUCAGGAGCGGCUCCCGGCAGACCUUCUUCGCCGCUCAGGUGAACCGGUACGCCGACCUGUACGGCGCCACCAUGCUCAACAUGCUCUACUACCCCUUCUCCUACAUGUUCCGCGCGCCAGCCAUGCUGCUGCCGCACGAGUCGACGGUCACCCACGAGCAGACGUUCGUGGCCGACGGGCCGGCACUGACCCGCGCCCGCACACUGGGAGGACCGGCCAGCAGCGGCGGAGGCUCGCCCACCACACCGCCGGCGUUCCUACCCUCGGUCGAGCCGCUGCCCGAGACCCAGAUGCUGGAGCGUUCUCACACACUCACCAGACCGGAGAUGCCACGCAGUCUCACCCACCACCACGACGACGAUGAGGAUUCCGACGACAGCAACGGCUCCAAGUAGGCGCCGCUCGGUCUCGAGUGUCGGCUCGUGUCGCCGUGCCGUGGUCCGGCCGCCGGGGCUCGAUACCCGUGCCGGUUUUAGGUCUGUUCAGUGAGCGGGGUAAGCCGAGGCGCUAUGGGCCUCUGGGUCGGCUGUACAGUGUACAGGACGGACUGCCGGGCGGCUGCGGGUGGUUUGUUCUGGGCGGCUUGCAGCCACAGGGCCGAUGCCGUGGCCCGUCAGUCGGUGGGUGUCGCCACAGAGUUACCACCGGAACUCGCAGUGUGGGCGGAGACUGAGGCUCCUACUGCCCGCCUCCGGCUGAUGCUGACGCCAAUGACGCUACUGACUUGCGCUGACAAUCAGCCGCCGCCGCGCUGCCCCGCACACGGGUGUGCUAGAGUACUAUUGCCAUGCUUUACCGCGUCGUUGUAGCGGGUUUUUACUCGGGCGCGGUGCGACGCUGCGCCCGGCGUCCGACGUCGUGGCCAGCGGUGCCCAGGUGAGGCCGGGCGCCCUUCUGUCUGUGUUAACGCUCUCAGAAUCUAGACCCAUCGCUUAGUGCCGCGGCGCUAUUUAUUUUUAUUAGAGGUUAGUCUGUGUGUAGACGUUGGCCGGCCGCGGGCCCGGCCGGUGCGCUGUUUUAGUCCCUAGUGGAGGGCCGAGUGUCUGUGACCGGAUUGGUGGCUGCCUGCGAGCGGCCUGACCGGGCGGCUCCACUCCAUUGUUGCUUCAAUACAGAGAACACAUACCGACG